AUGAAAAUUCCAUUGGUGCCACAGUGGAAUAUCAACAAUGGUUGUGUUUGUACACCAGACGGUGGUUUCCUUUAUGUAGGCUCUCGCAGCGUUAACUAUAUUAGUUCCCUGAAAGAAGGACAAGAUACGCCCCAAAUAAAAAUAUUCCACACUCGUCAAAACAUUUUAAAGAUUGACAUAGAUCAUCAUUGGGGUGACACGGAACAAAGCUGUGGUGGUAAUGAGCCGGCACCGAAAUUGUUUGUUGUUCUGUUCCAAGAUAACUCUGUACAGAUAUGGGAUUUCAAUAAGGGCUAUGCUCUACAGGGGCACCAAGCUCAUUUGGCCUGUAUGCGCUAUAUGGAAGGCAAUGGCCCCUCGCCACAACAUGCUGGUGAGGUAUUUGUCAGUUACAUGAUUAAUCGGAAUGUGCUGUCAAUGGACAGCAGGGACAUUGUCGUGUACUGUGUUGCUUCGAACAGCUUUUGCAGAAGACCAAUGUUUAUUUCGCCUCGCAAUCAUCAAAUCACUUCUAUGAAAUGUUGUCCAUAUAACGAGAACCAUUUUGCUGUGGGAACUAGCCGCGGCUUGGUUUUACUCUGUGACCUGCAAAAAAUGGUUACUCUGUAUACCCUACGUGGUCACAAUUCCGCCAUUACGUCCUUAACAUGGAAUAGAAUAUUGCCUUCAGAUAUAGGCCAAGCAUCUAUUGAAGAAGACAGUAAACCUGAAAAGCCACUGUCGAAAACGGCAAAACUACACAGAACCGAUACAACAAUUGUGGAUGCCGAUGACAUAUUUGAUAUAUACGACUAUGAUUAUUUGGAUAAUGAGUUUGGGGCAACUACCCAGGUGUCCAAAACAAAAUCAGACUCUAUAUCUGAAUUUGUCGGCAUUGAAAAGACACAAGACACUUCGGGCACAGCGGCAGAAUUCGAUUUCGCUGAAGCGUGCCAAAGUCUGAAGGAAGAAAUAAAUGCUCUGAGAGACGAACAGCCGCAACUGUCGCCAGAGCAUAUAGUCUCGCUAGAAGAUUGCAAAAAUGCAAAUGUUUGUGUCGAUACAUCUUCGUGUGGCAGUGACAGUGAGAACGAGGAACAACCCUUAGAGAGAAAAUCCUCUGAGGAUAGCCUAGUGCGUUUAGUGUGUGGUACACCAUCGUCCGAAGAAAGCGUUGACGUCGAUGGAAUUGAUCGUGUUGCUAAACAGAGAAUGGUGUGUCAGGCAGAGGUCCAUGCCGCUCUAUUAACUGAGAACAAAGAAGAAAAUAAGGAAACGCAAUGUCAAAAAGAAGGUGAUCAGAAAGCAUCGACUAGAAGAGAUGAUGUGAUGUCUAUACUAGAAGAUUAUCUUCUGGCAUCAUUAAGUGCGGAUGGAUCUCUAUACAUUUGGAAUACGUCAACAGGAGCAACAUGCGAUCAUCACAAACUCCGCAAUACAAACGCGAAUAAAAAUAAGAAAAAUACAAACCUUGCGAUAUCAUGGGUGAAUUCUACUUCGUUCAUUACAUCCAAUAAGUCAGGCGAACUACAGCUAUGGAUGCUGGACACAAAGUCCAGUAAUGCAAACAGCUCAGCAACGUCUGCAUUGCAGCGGUACAAAUUUAAGGAAGUCAAACGUCGUUGGCAGCAACGCACUAUUGUCGCAUUUUCUGCGUGCAAAUCCAAGCAGUAUUUAUGGUGUGUUUCAUCCAAUCGAGAAAUAACACUGGAAGACAUGUCUCUAAAUAAAAUUGAUAUACAAUAUGGUUGUGUCUCUACGAAUAUAGGUGCCUUGCGCGAAUGUCCGGAUGAUAUGAACAAAAUAGCAUUGGCCUUUUCCGAUCGUCGAAUUGGAGUAAUAGAUAUUUCCAAAAUGACGCCGAAUCUUAUACACAUAGACAAUUUUGUACAACGAAUCGAAUCACCCGUAACUUCACUAGUGUGGAGUCCAGAUUGUAAAAAACUAGCCUAUGGAACACAAGAAGGCAGGAUUGGCAUUUUAUCGAUUGAGGCCGGACACAAGCAGACACCAUUCACAUUCAAUUCUGUGUGUGGCAAAACUAUAUACUCAAUAAGCUGGUGGGAUAAAUAUUUGUUUGUGGUAUGCAACGAUCGCAUUGCCGUAUACGAAGACAAUCCAAAUAAGAAAGAUGCAUACAUAAUUCCUAAUAUUAAUCAUGUAUCGGCCCUAUCAUUGAGAAAUAAUUUUCUGUUUGUCGGAACUCAGAAUGGACGACUACGACUGUAUCAAAAUAAAUCGUCUCCGUUCGAAUAUGAGUUGAAAAAGGAACUUGAAUUGUCUUCUCGCUAUAUAACCGAGAUUGUCUGGAGCCCGAUUGCUCUAAAUAAGUUAGCUGUAACUGCCAAUUCAAAUAACAUACAUAUCCUUGAAUUUAAGGAGGAGGAGGGGGGAAAUGCCACAUUGUCAGUUGUACGAACACUGGAAAUAAAAUCACCUAAAGCGGCAAACGCCUGUGUAAAAUGGAGCAAUCGAAACGAUAACCUGCUAUUGACGUGCGGCUUUGACGGAGCGAUACGCGUUUGGGAUUUGGCAGACGAAAGUUCUAAUGAACGUUUUCUAAAAUUGUAUCAUUGCCCAAUGAAAUGUGGUCUAUUUUUACCUACUGAUGAGGACGUAGUAAUGUGUGCAGGCAUGAGUACCUCUCUAGAAUUCAUAGAUAUGCGCACAGAAAAGCCAGAUGAAAAUUCCGCCAAGGCGAAGCGAGCUCGCACUUUGGACAAUGUGCAAUGGGCCACAAAAACACCAUCAAGAAAUGAAGGCAAACCCACACACGGCGACAAGAAAUCCCACAAAACUGUUGAACUUAGGAGCCCAUUGGAACAAAGAUCAGGCUAUUGUAAGCAGUGCCCUGAUCACGCAAAAACCGACUGUGAAGAAGUUUCAAAAAUGUUUGAAAAACUUGAUAUCCAAAAAAAUAGUUCAGCCACGGCCACAUCGGUCUAUAUGAAGAUCCCCUCAACGUUGUUAUAUCUCACCACCAAGGAAAUCAAUAAGGAUUCACUGGAAAUUAUGUUCAAUAUUUUAAGUCAAUCCACCCUAGCCAAAACAAUGGACAACAAGUCAUUGUGUGUCAAAUUAUUUGGAUCCAAAGCCGAAGCAAUGCAGCUGUUAGCAGAAGAAUUAAAGAAUCACCAGAAUAGUGAGACCAAAGGCAUAUCCAACCUCUACAUGCCGCAAGUAAACGGCACGUUGAAGGAUGAAAUUCUCAGAUGCGUCCAGAAUAAACAGCUUUGUGAGUGGCACGUUUCAUUAGCUCCCAGCAUCUCAUAUAACUUUUGGCAAAAGUGCUGCCAGGCCUAUGCGGAGCAAUUGGUGGAGCAGGGGUAUGUUCUGCAAGGUGUUGUAUAUAUGAUGGCCAUUCACCAAGAACGCGAUGCCAUAGAAGUGCUAACGGAGAAGUCUUACUUUAAGGAAGCUUUGUUGAUAUCCCGCAUUUAUUUGCAGCCUGAUGAUCCCUUGAAUGAUAAAAUCAGUGAACAAUGGAUAACACAUCUUUAUAAUAAUGGAAAUUUAACGGGAGCUGCUCUCUUGUGUUUGCUGAGCAAACAAAACAAUCGCGCCUACGACUGUUUGGCCAAAAUUCGUAAUACAUCACCAGAAGUUGAACGUGUAAUUCGUUUGUUGAAGAAUUCCGAAAAUUAA